GAGUCUUGAAGAAGUAGGAAGGCGAGGGCGUGAAGCCUUUCGGGAGUUGUAGUUCCGGAGUGAGGUUUAGGGCACUGCAAUCUGGAACAAGGCGGCAAGGAUUUAAACCACAAGGAUAUUGCACACCUGUUGGCCUCACCAGAGGGUAAAAGAAAGGCAGGACCAGCCUUUCUCCCAGCUCUACGGAGAUACCCCGCCAUGAUCCUGUCGCUGAUCCUCCAGCUGUUGACUCUCUGGCCCGUGUGUCUUACAGACUUGACGCUAACAGCGCCCGCAGCCUCAUAUCCCCAGCCAUGGCUGACGGCUCAUCCUGCUGCAGUUGUGACUCCUGGAGUCAAUGUGACCUUGAAGUGCCGUGCACCCCAACCUGCCUGGAGAUUUGCACUCUUCAGAACUGGUGUCGUCACCCCUCUGCUCCUCCGGAAUGUGUCCAUUGAGCUGGCUGAGUUCUUCCUGGAGGAGGUGACUCUGACCCAGGCAGGCAGUUAUCACUGCCGCUACCGCAGGACAGACUGGGGGCCCGGUGUCUGGUCCCAGUCUAGUGAUGUCCUGGAACUGCUGGUGGCAGAUCAGCUGCCCAGACCAUCACUGGUGGCACUGCCUGGGCCUGUGGUGGCCCCAGGAGCCAACGUGAGCCUGCGCUGUGCAGGACACAUGCCAGGCAUGAGUUUUGCGCUGUACCGAGUGGGCGUGGCAACCCCUCUGCAGUACGUCGACUCUGUGCAGCCCUGGGCUGACUUCCCUCUCAACGGCGCCCAUGCCCCUGGCACCUACAACUGCUAUUACCACACGCCUUCCGCCCCCUAUGUUCUGUCGCUGGUCAGCCAGCCACUGGUCAUCAGCUAUGAAGGUUCUGGCUCCUCCGACUAUUCUCAGGGAAACCUCAUCCGUUUGGGGCUGGCAGGCCUGGUCCUCAUAUGCUUGGGCAUCAUAAUUACUUUUGACUGGCAUAGCAGCAGCUCUGCUUUUGGUGGCCUCUUGCCCCAGCAAAACUGGUUCUAGGCACCUGGUGAGAAGAGACCGCCUGGAGAUGAGCUGAGAAGCUGGGAUCCUCUGUGACCAGCCCCUCUUGAACAUCCUGGGGCCUCCAGACUCCACUAGUUUAAUCACUGUAGCUCCUUGUAGACCUCUCAGGGAUGUGGAUAAUAUUAUUAUGUAUUUUGUGUGUGUUUGUUAAAUGGUUUAAUACCACAUUAUAGACUUGCUGAAGGAUUAAAGGCAGUGACUGGCCUGUGGUAAAUGAUGUUCAGUUAAUGUUAGUGACUUUUCCUACCUUGAAAACCUCUUUCAUCUUCUUGUACCUUUCCUCUCAUCCUCCUCCCCUCUUUUCCUUUCUGGCUACUCUGUGAUCAUAGGUUCAUUCUACCACACUCAGCAAAAAUUUAUAAUUAUACAUUUUAAGUGGUGAUACAUAUGCCUCAGCAUGUGAGUCAAGAAAACUUUAUUUGGUUGUGUUUUAGCACGAAUAAACAAAUAACCAUGAGCAAAAGCUCAAGGUUAAACAGUCCUACUCCUGUGAUUUUCAGCUAGUUUGGGCCAGCUGUGAUUGUACUCUGGGCCUGCCCUCUUUCAUAGAUAUCCUUCCUGUAGGUCCAGAGUUUGAACUCCAGCUGUCUGGCUUAGUGGCAAGCAUUUUACCCACUGAGCCACCUGGCUGGCAACUGGCAAAUUAUGUUUUUACACAUAUGAGUGUUUGCCUGCAUGCAUGUAUAUGUGUCACCUUCAGGCCUAGCUCCCCGAGGAGGCCAGAAGAGGGCAUCUGAGCCCUUGGAACUGGAGUUAGAGUCAACCAAGGUCCUCUGGAAGAGUAGCCAGUACUCAUAACUGCUAAGCCAUCUCUCCAGGCUCCUAAAUCUAUAGGAUUAAAAUGUCCAUUAUAGGCCCAUAUGCCUAUAAUCCUAGCACUCAGGGAGGCAGAGGCAGGUGGAUCUCUGUGAGACUGAGGCCAGCCUAGACUACUAAUCGAGUCUAGGACAGCAAAGGUUACACAGAGAGCCCCCAUC